AUGGCACUCUCGGCCCGCCCCUCUAUCCGCUCAGCACGUUCCUCGGUCAUCUCCAGCGAGCUGAAUGACCCGAUUCCACGAGAGACGGAGUCCGUCCAGCUGGAGGACUUGGAUGAGAGGGAGAAGUUCACCCGACUCAAUGCGGUGUCCUUCUUAAGGAAGGGACCCCAGAUGCCCUCUACCCACAAAUUGGUAGGGAGGGGGCCUUUGUCGAAGCUGGUCUUGGAAUUCAUGCCAGACGCUGCAGAGAACCUACCUCUCGUGCCCCUUAGAGGCUGGAGUUGGUUGAGACAGACUGCUCGCGAGCUUGUGAAGUCUCGGUGGUUCGAGACCUUGGCGGGCCUGAUCAUCCUGCUGAAUCUGAUCACGAUCGGAGCAGAAGCUCAGCUUUCUUUGGACAGGGAAGCGAAUGCGGACCCUUUGUACUUCCUUGGCAUCAUGGAGCAGCUGUUCCUCAUUAUCUACAGCUUAGAAGUGAUCCUGCGAGUGAUGGCCGGAGGAUGGUCUGUAUUCUGUGACCUCUGGUUUCUGAUGGACUUGGCCCUGGUUUCGAUCGGCAUCCUAGCGCUGGUCGUCUUCCCAGGAAUGUACACAAUUGGAUUCGACAUUCCUCUGGAAGGUUUCGAAACAUUCCUCGUGGUGCGUGGGCUGCGCUUGCUGCGACUGUUUCGUGCAAUGCGCACUUUCCGGUACUUCAAAAUCAUGUGGCGACUGGUAUAUGCCCUGCUUUCCUGCGGCCAAACCAUCCUCUCCACGACUCUGUUGAUUGUUGUCUUUCUCUUCAUCUGCGCGUGUGUUGCCAUCGAGAUCAUUGCGAAGGACGAGACUCUGCUGGCAAAUGAAACCACUGCUAAGAUCAUUGAAGACAACUUUUUUGGGCUGUUCAAGGCUGCAAUGACUUUUCUUCAGUUCGUCACCUUGGACUCCAUCGCUGCAAUCUAUUUCCCCUUGAUCAUGUCCAAGCCGGAACUUUUUGCCUUUUUUGCACCCAUCCUCAUGUUCAUCUCGAUCGGCUUGAUGAACCUGGUGACUGCUGCUUUGGUAGAGAAUGCGAUGGAGCAAACGGCCAACCAAGCGGACGAAGACAAGAAAGAGCUGCAGCAACAGCUGAAACGAGCUAUCCCGGCUCUCAUCGAAGUCUUUCACGACCUAGACAAAGACCAGAACGGCAUGCUUACUUAUGAGGAGCUGCAGGAUGUUCCCAUGGAGGAUUUCGUUCCUGGUCGACUGAUGGAGUCUAUCCAUGUG